AUGCUCGCCGCUGCCCUGCGUCGCGUGAAGCCGGGCAAUGGCCUACUCUCCUGGGCACCAACGGUGGUAUGCACGGGCCUCGGCCUCGGCGCGAUCGUCGACCUCGACCAUCGAGAGAACCCGACGAACCUCGCCAAGAAGCCGGCCUACUACGAGGCCUCGGGCGCCGCGGCGUUCAAGGCGUUGACGGCGCGCGACGACGACGUCUUCGUCGCGAGCUACCCCAAGUGCGGCACGUCCUUCGGGCACGGCAUCGUCUAUGCGCUGCUUCGGAUGGACGACGACGGCGCGUGCGGCGACGACGGCGAGUGUGGCGGCCGCGGCCAGGUCUACCCGGACGGCGUCGCGGCGAAGCGCGGUGACGUCGAGCGACGGGCGGCUUUCGGCGCGUGGAGCUUCGAGGACCUCUCGGCGCAGCGCGCGCCGCGGCUCUUCACGAGCCACUCCAAGGCCGACGCGCUGCCCGCGACCCUCGCGCUUCGCGGGCGCUACGUCGUCUUCGCGCGCGACCCCAAGGACUGCCUCGUCUCGGGCUUCUUCUUCGUCCGGGGCCUCGACGCGAAGCCGCUUUACUGGCUCCGCCGGCGCUACCACGACCUCGACUCGUACUUCGAGACGUUUUUGGAACGCGACGGCGGCGGCACGUACGGCGACUGGUGGUCGUGGCACUCCGACGCCGCGGCGCUCGCCGAGGACCUGGGGCCCGAGCGCGCGCUCGUCGUCUUCUACGAGGACUUCCACCGCGAUUUCGACGCGGCGGCGGCGGCGCUCGCGGCGUUUCUGGGAGUAUCGCUCACGCCGGCGAAGCUCGCGGCGCUGCGGCGGCGCACGGCCAUGGGCGACGACGCGGGCGCGACGGUGCCCACGGCGCGGCUCGGGCGCGUCGGCGACCACCGGCGCCACCUCUCGGCGCAGCACUGGCUGCGGCUCGACCGGCUCUUCUCCGCGCGCGGCGCGGCGGCGCACCCGCUCCUCGCGCCGCUCGCGCCCGAGCGCGUCUUCCGCGCCGCGGCGGCCGAGGCGGAGUAA